UCCAACUCGAAUGGCGACGAAAAUUGCCGAAUCGAAAUAACACGAACAGGUUGGAACACAAAUUUCUCAAAAUUAUUGAGUUGGAUUUUUUACCUAAUGCUUAAGAAAGGAGUAGGAUUGCUUACGUUUUCAGUGAAGUAAAAUAUAUAGGAAAUGCGACGAAAAUGGAAUCGAAUAAUGGGCAAGAAGUUUCCGUGAUGGGUGAAGUCGACAUUUCCGAGGAGCUCCCGAAUGGUGACGAUUCGGCAUUCGACGAAGGAGAUGAGCAGACGAAUUCAUCAGAGUCUAGAAAUAAUGUCCACGUUACGGCGAUAGGCCACACAGGACCAGAUGGCACCGUCUAUGUGGCCACACCCAUGCAUGGCUUACUUACAGCAGAACAACUUCAUGAAGCUGGCAUAAAAACAACUCACAUUGUAAUACACGACGAAGGACAGAAUCAAUUGACUGCUGUCCCAGAUGGACUAAAAACUCCAACUACCCCCCUUCCCCCGCCCACCCCUGCCACCCCCCACAGCAAAGCAAAGGGGUUUAGGUAUCAGUGGGACGAUACCGUCACUUUCCAGGUUUUACCCGUAAGAUGUAAAUCCACCAAUGGUGAACUUCAUAAAGCGAAGUUUGGGUCAGGUGGAAGAGGAAGGUGCAUUAAGUACAUAGAUAACUGGUAUACACCAAAUGAAUUUGAAGCCCUUUGUGGUCGUGCUAGCAGCAAAGACUGGAAACGAAGUAUUCGCUAUGGUGGAAGACCUUUACAGUGUUUGAUUGAAGACAAUGUUCUCCAACCUCAUGCUACUUCUUGCACCUGUGCAGCUUGUUGUGAUGAUGAAUCAGUGACUGGACCAGUACGUUUAUUUGUCCCAUACAAAAGGCGGAGAAGAGACAUUGAUACCACUCCUCCUGGACAAUCAGCACAGAAAAGACAGAGGUUGAACUCUUCUAAAUCCAGUGUGUCCUCUGUCAUGUCUCCUUUGGCAAAAGAAGGUAAUACAGUUAACAUUACGGGAACCAAUAGUAGCACUCCACGCUCCAUAGCAGUUGUCAGCACAAAUGAGCAAGGAGAGACUGUCCAUCUUGUCCCAGUAGCAACAGAUGCCAGUGGAAAUAUGGUUGUGGGAGGGGUGAAUGAAGCAACUGCAGCAGUGGUAGUAUCUCCCCAGACAGGUAGAUCUGGUAGCAGUCCAGCUGGUAUUGAUGUCCAAGAACAGAAACAGUGGUGGCAGCUUGAGGAGAUGGCCAGUAACAUGUUACAGCAGGCACAGCAGUUAAAGAUGAUGGUCGACCAAGCCAAGCAACAGUCUAUUGCUUCCAGAGAGGCAGCUUUACAGCAGCUAAGGCAGCAGUUGGAAAAAGAAAAAAUUGAGGCAGUAAAUGCUGCUAAAAUUGAAGCCCAGAUGCAUUUAUCAAGGGCUGUGAUUGAGGAACGGACACAGAAAGACAUCGCAGUGCAGCAAGCCCUGGCCCAGGCCCGUGCAGGGAUACAAGAAAAAAACAAUGAGAUUGUGACUGUUGUCAGUAAUUCAGACAAAAAUGUAUCCUACCAUGUGGCAUGGGCUCAAAGUCAAGGCAGCAGACAGAUGACCAUUGUCGAUAACAACGAGGAUGAAUCUGAUAAAGAGAGGGAGUGAAGUGUGCAGCUGAUUAUUUAGUAGUAACUGGAGCUUUACUGAAAAAAUUCAGUAGUAUGUUUGAGGGUCUGUUGUUUUGAAUAACUGCACUGCAUUCAUUCUGUGGUUUGCAAACAUUUUCAAUGUAGAUAAUGUUUAUUUGCUCUGUCCAUAAAAUGCAUUUUUGAACAACAUGAUGGAUUCUUGUUUUUUUGAAGAGUUAAAAAAGUAAUGGAUAUAUUCUUCAUGGUCUUCAUAAUGGAGAAAGAAAAUUUUAUGUUGUUUUUUAUGGUGCACUUGAUCUUUUAACAAACCUGAGAAGAUGGUCAUUUGCAGAAUUUACUUGCUAAUUAUUUUCUUUAUUUGAAUAUACUUUAUUGUUUUGUAAUUCUUAACCUGGAUAAAAGAAAAGAAUGUUAGCUUAAACAUAGAUUUGACUGGGUCCAUUUUAUAUCCUGGUAUCAAAAGAACAAACCAUUGUAUUGUUGGUUUGCUCUAAGAGCCUGUUGUUAGGCAUCUCCAAAGAGUUUAAAAUUAUAAAUGUACAAAUUCUUAUUUUGUGUAUUGUUGUAUUGGCAUUAUUGAAAACUGUAGAUCUAGUAAUAAACCUCAU